AAAAUGGCCAGGCAGUCAGUCGAGCAAUCAUCCCAUGAUCAAGUUCAAGGAGCAGUCCCCUCCAUCCAUCAAUGAAAUCACUCAGCUGCUCUCGGAAAAGGACAGUAUAGAUGAACAACUGCAGUGUCUGACAGAGACCUUGCAGCUCACAGAAGAGAACAUCAGUCUGCGCUUCCUUGUUUGUUCUCUGCUUCGAGACAUAGCUGGAGCAUAUUUCCCAGAAUGCAUUAUCAGGCCUUUUGGCUCCUCUGUCAACAGCUUUGGCAAACUGGGCUGUGAUGUUGACAUGAUUCUGGACCUUGAUGGGAUCUAUGCAACAAGCCAGAAAAAGGUCAGUGCUGUGGACUACCUAA